AGUGCAUCAACCCACCCAUAGCAAGCAGCCAUAUAAGGCAGAUGGUCUUGUGGGCUGAUGAGAGGCUUCCAAUUACAGAGAACUCGCAGGCUGAUGUCAUAUCUCUAGUGUCUUUCCCGUUGGAGGCUGGUUUUAGUAAUCAAUUAUAGUAGUGUGAGGAAGGAAGCUGCACCGGUCGUCAUCACACUGCAGAGGAAAGAGCAGAAUACCAGAGUGCAGGGAUGCUGUUGACAUUACAGUGUGAUUCAGACAUGUCUGCUGUAAUAAAUGCUUCAAGUGCAGACCUCAUAGAAAACUCCAAAACAUCUGCGCAAGAUGUGUGUCUGAAUGAUAUCCUGCUAUCUUCUCAACAGAGGCUUGAUGUGAAAAACAUACAGAAUUGCAUCUCUGAAGCCACCGACAUGCAACAACUGACAGACUGCAAGACCAAAGAAGACCUGCCCCAGUCAGAUGGUGCUGCGCUUACAGGUUUACCAUCCUCAAACACGAAGCUGUGGACCACUCAGAGGGAUGGCACAGUGCAGCUCCGGAUAGAAGAGUCUGGUGUGGCCAGUUUGCCUCCAAUCACCAUUCACCAGCUGUUCCAGGAAUCUGUUGGCAAAUAUGGUGAUUGUGUAGCGCUGGCAUCAAAACAAGGAGAUCAGUGGAACAAAAUCACCUAUAAACAAUACUAUGAACAAUGUAGAAUAGCAGCCAAAGGCUUCAUUAAGUUGGGUUUGGAGAGAUAUCAUGGUGUAGGCAUCCUGGGGUUUAACUCCGCAGAAUGGUUUAUUGCAGAUGUGGGAGCUAUUCUCGCUGGUGGGUUUGCUGUUGGAAUCUAUACUACAAAUUCAGCCGAGGCAUGUCAUUACGUGGCAGAGAAUUGUGAGGCCAACAUCCUUGUGGUGGAGAAUCAUAAACAGCUUCAAAAAAUCCUUCAGGUCCAGGAUCAGCUACCUCAUCUAAAGGCGAUUAUCCAGUACAAGGAUGAACUGAAAGAAAAGAGACCCAAUCUCUACACGUGGGCUGACUUCAUGCAGCUUGGGAAGGAUGUCCCAGAUUCGCAGCUGGACCAGAUAAUUGAUUCACAGAAACCAAACCAAUGCUGCACCCUGAUUUACACAUCUGGAACCACAGGCCAACCAAAGGGGGUUAUGUUGAGCCAUGAUAAUAUAACUUGGACAGCCACAGCAGCUGGCAAAACUGUGCGGCUCAGAGAGGCCACUGACCAACAGGAGACUGUCAUCAGUUAUCUUCCGCUGAGCCAUAUUGCUGCACAGAUGAUAGAUAUCUGGCUGACCAUGAAAUAUGGAGGAGCCACUUACUUUGCACAGCCAGAUGCACUGAAGGGCUCUCUAGCAAACACUUUGCGGGAGGUUAGGCCAACAGCCUUUCUUGGCGUUCCCAGAGUGUGGGAGAAAAUGCAAGAGAAAAUGAAAGCCAUUGGAGCCAAAUCUUCUACUAUUAAACGAAAAGUGGCAUCUUGGGCCAAGGGUGUAGGCUUGGAGACCAACCUGAAGCGGAUGAAUGGGUCCUCCCUUAAUCCCAUGAAAUACCAUAUGGCCAAGAAACUGGUUUUCAAAAAGGUGCGCAAGGCUCUUGGCCUAGACCGCUGCACGAAAUGUUACACAGGGGCUGCCCCAAUCACAAAAGACACCAUUGAAUUUUUCCUGAGUCUCAAUAUACCAGUGUACGAGCUGUAUGGGAUGAGUGAGAGUUCAGGCCCACACACUAUCUCUCUGCCCGAUGCCUUUAGAAUCACAAGCUGUGGGAAAGUAAUUUCAGGUUGCCAAACCAAAAUAUACCAACCAGACGGUGAAGGAGCUGGAGAGAUUCUUUUUUGGGGACGACAUGUCUUCAUGGGUUAUCUAAACAUGGAGGAAAAAACAAAGGAGUCUCUGGAUGAGAAGGGCUGGCUGCAUUCUGGGGACAUAGGGAAACAUGAUGACAAAGGAUUCCUGUUUAUCACAGGAAGAAUCAAAGAACUGAUAAUUACUGCUGGUGGAGAAAACAUCCCUCCAGUUCCCAUUGAGGAUGCCGUGAAGGAGCAUGUCCCAAUUAUAAGUAAUGCCAUGUUGAUAGGAGACAAGAAGAAGUUUCUCUCCAUGUUACUUACACUUAAGUGCAAUAUAAAUGCAGAUACUGGAGAUCCAGAAGAUGAACUGACUCCAGAGGCCAUUGAGUUUUGUUUGAAACUGGGCAGCAAGGCCACACGUGUGUCUGACAUUAUUGGUGGUAAAGAAAAGGCAGUGUAUGCAGCUAUCCAGGAAGGCAUAAAUACAGUGAAUGAGAUGUCCACUUCAAACGCACAGAAGAUACAGAAGUGGCUGGUACUCCAGCGUGAUUUCUCCAUUGCCGGAGGAGAGCUGGGCCCCACCAUGAAACUGAAGCGUCCAGUAGUUUUGAAGAUGUACAACAAUGAAAUUGAGAGCUUUUAUCAAGAUGCAUUGACACCCACAGAAAAUGUAAUUUCCCCAAAGUAGCUUGCUGUCUCGUGCUGCAAUAAGGCAUUC